CGCAAAUGGACUCACUGACGACGAGAAGUCUCGUGCUUCAGGGCGAAGCUUGAACGAAACGUAGGGCACCUUUAAAAUCAUGGAACAUGGACGCCAAGGCCGCCAGCGGGCCUCUGAAACCAUUCGCAAGCAGAAACGCAAGGAGCUGGAUGCCAGGCGCAGCAAAUGCCGCAUCCGUAUUGGCAGCCACCUGGAACAAUGGUGCCAGCUCAAGGAGCAGCUGGGGUUUUCCUUGCACUCCCAACUUGCCAAGUACCUGCUUGACAGGUACAGUUCACAAGGCUGUAGUCUAAAAACAGGCCAGGAUAGUUCCGGUGUUACUGCCACCCCUCUUCCUGCUGAAGCAUUGCAGAACCUUGUUGUCCUUUCUCACAACCAUAGCCAAGAAUGUGGCUUCAUCCCUGACAUGAAGUCUUCCUUGUUGUCACAGAAGGAAGCCUCCGGGGACAUGGUCUGGGAGUGCCUAGCCGGCCACACCUUCUCUUGGAGUCCCCCUAGCCCUUUACCCUCCAUGCCACCUCCACGCAAAGCAACCUCCAGAUGCAGACAGGAGAAAGCCAUGAGUUCCAAGCCCAGCCCUCCACCCUCCCCUAUCAUCCGACGUAGGCGCUCUCUCCGCAGGGCAGCUGCGGCCCAUGCCUUUUCUUUAGCACUUGCUUCUGACUCACCGUGUCCAGUAGAUGAGGCAGAGCCACCUUCUAAGGAGGAUGAGGCCAGUGCAGACCAAGGACAAAUGACCUGCUUGUCACCCAGCAGCGGAACAGGCCCAUGGGAGGAGGCAGCAUUGCUUGAUAGCAACAAUACUGAGACAGCGACUCCCUCUGAAGAAGUUCCAAGUAGCACAGAAGUCGCAGUGCCUGAAAGCACUUUGCCUCUGCCAGACAGAAAGCUGGAGUCAGAGCCCAACCAACCGGAAGAAGUGGAGGAGGGAGAAGGAGGAGAAGAGGAUUUGGCAGAGGAAGACCACUUGGCAUACGCAGAUGACCUGCGAGAUGAAAAUUAUCAUCCUUCCCUUGACAGGGACUUCAGGCUACAAAGACAUCAAAACGUGACCAAGUGCUUCAAGGGGCCUGUGAAAGAGAACCAGCUGUCCAGCGAAAUGUUCCCCCCUAGCCACAGCCCCUCAGAGGAGAAGGGUGGUGAAGCAGGCUGUAAGAAGCGGGCACAGCCUGGUGAUGAAGAUGUGGCCCAGAUCGGUCCAAAGAGAAUCAGGAAGGCAGCCAAGCGAGAGAUCCUGCUCUGUGACUACGAAGGCUGUGGGAAGAUUUUCUCCAACCGCCAGUACUUGAACCACCACAAGAAAUACCAGCAUGUUCACCAAAAAACGUUCACCUGCUCUGAUCCCAGCUGUGGCAAGUCUUUCAACUUCAAGAAACACCUCAAAGAGCAUGAGAAACUGCACAGCGACAAACGUGACUAUAUCUGUGAGUUCUGUGCCCGCUCCUUUCGCACUAGCAGUAACUUGAUCAUCCACAGGCGGAUCCACACAGGAGAAAAGCCCUUACAGUGUGAGAUCUGUGGGUUUACCUGUCGCCAAAAGGCCUCCUUGAACUGGCACAUGAAGAAACAUGAUGCUGAUUCCUUCUACCAGUUUUCCUGUGACCUCUGUGGCAAGAAAUUUGAGAAGAAAGACAAUGUCACUGCUCACAAGAGCAAAAGCCACCCUGAAGCAGCCACUGGGCCUCCCCAGCUUGUGCCAGAGCCUCCAACCUUGUGUGUCCCACUAGCUAUGGAGCAUCUGGAACACCUCCCUCAAAGCCAGCCCAUUAACACAGAAAAGAGGGUGGAGGAGUCUGCCCUCACUGCCACGGUGGUUAUGCACUGA